AGGUGUGAAAGGGAGACCUCAGAAAAAUGGUGAGCCUGUAGCCUCCAAAGUGGACUUAAAUGCCGUUAACAUGGAAGUGUGGACAUGUGAGCAUGCCCGCAACAUGUAUAUGUAUUUGAAUCAGAAACGGAGUACAGGUCUUCUGAAAGGAGUAAAAGAG